UCGAUGUUCGUUUUCGUUUCGGUGCUAGCCUACUACGAGCCUAGGACAUGGACAUUGGACUCGACGACUCCAGCAGCUUGUCGGCGAACUCUUUUUCUGUCUUCGAAUAGGGGGGUGAGCGGCCAAUCAAUUCGCCGGGAUUCUCCAAUGUCGAGCGGGGCCUCGUCAUCGUCCUCGCCGCCGCCGGCGGAGGCCGGGGACGGAUAUUGGGCGGCGCGGGAAGAGGCGGCUUCGCGGCUGGAGGCGAUGGCCGCGAGGGAGGACGAACUCUCGGCGGAGCAGUUGGAGACCAACAACCAGCUCCAGGAGGACGAGUAGCAUAUCAUAAUAUGUUCAAGCUAUUUAUGGGGAUGAUAUGGUCAUCUUGGAUGAUAAGGCGGGUCUUCGCUCUUUUCAGAUUUUUGUUUGGUAUCCAGUUCCUAAUGGCAGUAAGGUCUUAUUGAGUCUUCGUCCAAACAGAACUAUGGUUGGAACUAAUAAUGAUGGGAGCCAAGAUGUUGGUGAACUCUUUUAUACUUGCAGUUUAAAGCAUUUGCCACCUGUGGUGUUAACAUGUUUGCUGCCGUGGUCAUAUCUCAGUACAUGUGCUCCUUAUUUUACUAUAUCAGCCAAGUGGUUGGAUGAACCAAAAUUUUCGUACCUCUGUGCCAUGUUUGAUGAGAUUUGGACUGAGCUGCUAGGGCAAGAAGUAGUGUAUAGAUGGGUGGACUGGCUGAAUAGCUCUUCAUGGUCGUGCAUUUCUUUGAACAACAGCAUAAUAUUAGUCCCCGAUGCAACUUCAGAUGUUGUAGAUGAACGUGCUAUUGCAAGAGAAGUUCUCGUUGGUUCUACUAUUCCUCUGAUGCAAGAUUACGAUGAGAAGAGAUCUCAGGAAAUAUUUCUGAAAAGCCUACAUGAGUGUGGAAUUUGUCUUAGUGAAAAUACCGGUGUGAUGCUGCUUGCUUGGAGGUUGACAAUGAUGCUCAAUGCCAAGAGUGUUCUUUCACCUUCUGCUCUUUGUGCAAAGAACAACAUCAUGUGGGGAAGGAUUGUGUUAGUCCAGCAGAGAAAAUUAGCAUUUUGA